AUGCUGACGAAUAUUGAGAACAACGGCAGUGGCGGUACAUUAGUGAGCCUCAGCAAGGUGGCACUCACUACACCUUUUUCGAUAAAUGACAUUUUAACGCGCAAUAACAAUAAUUUAAAUGCAGUUCAACAAGAACAAGCACAACAACAACGUAGACGGCAUGUGACCGACUCUGAAAUGGCGUUGAGUGCGGAAGUGGCAGCUGCCGAGUUACGGCAGAAUAAAGCGCGCGAAUCAAAAAACGAUUUAAAAAUGUCCGGGUCUUGCUGUCAUAUCGCGGCAGGUGAAUCCACUGGUUACAGGUUAACUUCCGGUUUAGAAAAUACCUCGUCGCGCAAUUCGUCCAACAAUCCUAGUCCUAUUUGUGAGAUGCGCACAGCAGUAGCGAAAUUUUCGAGACAAGGUUUAAUGGAACGUAGAGGCGGCGGCGGCGGCGGUGGCGGUGGUGGUGGUGGAGUAUCGGCGGUUGGUAGUAAUAGUAAUGAAAACACUGAUUACAUGUCCUACUACAUGACGACGUUGGACAACAACAACCACAGUGAUUACCAUUUAGCGCGCAAGUUCGGCUAUAUUGGCGCUGGGAAUUUGGUUGGCAACCGCGAUUGCCCCAUCGACAUGCGACGUUGCAGCAAUAAUGAAUCAGAUUCAGAGUCCUCGCCUCCUCCAAUGUUGUCUCUCUAUGGUGGCGCCUCAGCUAAUGCCGCUGCGAGUGCCUGUGGUGGUGGCGGCGGCGGCAGCACAUCGCCUUCAUUGCACGAAUCUGACUCCCUCAACGGGUCAAUGAGCCGUAAGAAGCGUUCACGUGCUGCAUUCAGUCAUGCUCAAGUUUUCGAGUUGGAGCGACGUUUUGCACAGCAACGUUACCUCAGCGGCCCGGAACGCGCCGAAAUGGCUAAAAACUUGCGCUUGACCGAAACGCAAGUCAAGAUUUGGUUUCAAAAUAGGCGCUACAAGACGAAGCGUAAGCAAAUACAGCAACACGAAGCGGCGUUAAUGAGCGCGGCCACCAAGCGCGUGCCGGUACAGGUGCUCGUGCGUGAGGAUGGAAGUGGUGCCGCAGCUGCAGCAGCGGCCGCUGCCUAUGCACACAUGUUGCCCACGCACGGCAUUGAUCCAGCACUGUUACACAUUUAUCGACACCAGCUGCAAAUGGCUUAUGGCGUUGGUGUGUCUUUGCCUCAAGUUCCAUUUCCUUAUUUUUAUCCACAAGCAGCGAAAAUACCCCAACCCAUCCCUCCACCCAGUCAGCCGACGACUGGCCAAGUUGCAGCAGGAAAUUUCAGCGCUCAAAUAGCAGGAAACCACAAUAACAACAACAACAACAACAACAUUGAUAUUUCGAAAAAUGCAUUGAACUUUGCUAAAAUGGAACAAGGCAUGCGGUACAUUCAUUGUUCGUCGGCCUCUUCGUCACCCACCCAUGUCAACGACCACGGCAGUGCAGAUGGCAGCAGUCCGUCCAGAUCGUGUUCCAGCCCGCCGCUCGCUGAUGCUGCUGCUGUUGUCUUUACAUCCGUAAUGCCCGCCGAUGCUGAAAGCGGCGCUGAUACGCACUCUGCAACGACCGAGGAUUGCGAUGAAAAUGUGGAAAUAGAUUAA